UGUAAGAACGUCUCCGUGAUGCAAUCAGGUGUUUUAAAAAAAACAUAAAAAUUGAAAUAAAAAAAUAAUAAUAAUCACCUUAUAAUGUGCACGACCGCCGCACGACAAAAGGGAAGUACUGGAGCAUUUUGUGAACGUUUACGUGCUGUCGGAACUCCGGGGUGUUGCGUCGUCAGGCAUUAUCGAUGGAGUGGUUGGACUAAUUUGGUCUCAUGUUGAAGAAAGUAUCAUUUUAUGUUUCUAAAAUUAGAUGGUGGCGUUUUUUUAGUUCAAUAUUUCUUUCAGAUGUUAUCCACGGGGUUGAGAAAUUUCCGGGGCUGAGUUUGGUCCCUGAAGGUAUCCUGGUUGUGAGAUCAGCUGAUUUUUUUACGCUGCCAUUUUGUCCGGCGGAGACUUGAACGAAGCAGCCAUCCAGCCAGCCAGCCGUGCCCGGGAACAAAUCCCCCUCGCCACCACCCCCCUACCCCCGCACCCCCGCGUCGAGACGUUCCACGCGGCGGGACGAGGACAGCGCCAACGGGAAGGCGGAGGCGAUCCACUGGUUAUCAUUUUUUUCCCCCCACUUCAACUCUUCUCCAAGCUAAUGUCGCUAGCUUUUUUUCCCUCUUUCUCGCUCUCUCCAUGCUAACACCCCCCCCGACCGAGGCGUCACCUGUCACCGCCUGCAGCCAACCCCUGUGAUUUUUACAAUUUCAAGCAAUGCCCUUCUCGGUUGUGUGUGACUUUUUUUCCCCACCGACCCGAAGGAGGAGUUGACUCGCACUUUUUACGACCCGUAGCGGCUAACUCGCUAACAAGUUGACGUGGAGGAAGGAGGCGCUCGAGGAUUUGCGACUUCGUGAAAGCCCCCCAAAAAAAGAAGAAGAAAAACAAAACACAACAAAAAAAAAACAUCGUCCGAGUGACAUAGCGGCCAGUUCGCUAUGUUUAUUUAUGACCGCAAAGUUAUUUCCACUGUGAGCGAAUCCCACAGCGGGACUCUCUUUUGGCUCGAGGAUUGCAGCGGAAACAUGAGCUAACACAGACUAGCUCAGAAUAGUGUCGUAGAUUUAGAGAAAGCUGAACUGAGGCAAGAAUACAAAAAAAAAAAAAAAAAAAAACUCCAGAAGACUUUUACGUCCACUUGACAGUAACAUCACGUUAAAGUGUCCCCCCCACCCCUCCGCCGGGAGUCGACCCACUUGAUCGCCGUUGUGCUCUUUUAUUUGAGCUGAGCAGGGGGUGGGGGGGGGGGGGGGUCGGGGGGGUGUUGGGUUGAAAGGUACAGAAGAGGAGCCGGUAAAGGAGAAGUCAUGUCUGGCCAAUCGAUCACCGACCGGAUCGCUGCGGCUCAGCACAGCAUGACCGGAUCGGCGAUCAGCAAGGCGGUGUGCAAGGCCACUACGCACGAAGUGAGCGGACCCAAGAAGAAACACCUUGACUAUUUGAUCCACUGCACCAACGAGAUGAACGUGAACAUUCCCCAGCUGGCGGACACGCUGUUCGAGCGCACAGCCAACUCCAGCUGGGUGGUGGUCUUUAAAGCCCUUAUCACCACGCACCACCUCAUGAUGUACGGCAAUGAGCGUUUCAUCCAGUACCUGGCCUCCAGAAACACACUGUUUAACCUCACCAACUUCCUGGAUAAGGGAGCCCUGCAAGGUUACGACAUGUCAACCUUCAUCAGAAGAUACAGCCGUUACAUGAACGAAAAGGCCAUGUCCUACAGACUUGUGGCUGUGGAUUUCACCAAGAUGAAGCGAGGGACCGAGGGUGUGAUGCGGACCAUGAACACGGAGAAGCUAAUUAAGACGCUGCCCAUAAUUCAGAACCAGCUUGAUGCUUUGCUGGAUUUCCAGGCCAACCCGAACGAACUCACUAAUGGUGUGAUCAACUCUGCGUUCAUGCUGCUCUUCAAAGACUCCAUCAGGCUGUUUGCCGCUUACAACGAAGGGGUCAUCAACCUCUUGGAGAAAUACUUCGACAUGAAGAAGAACCAGUGCAAAGAUGCUCUGGACAUCUACAAGAAGUUUCUUUACAGGAUGACAAAGUUGUCCGAGUUCCUCAAAGUGGCUGAGGAAGUUGGAAUAGAUCAGGGUGACAUCCCCGAUCUCUCGCAGAAAACAAAAGGAUCAUACAUUGCCCCCAGCAGCCUCCUGGAGGCGCUGGAGCAGCACCUGGCGUCCCUGGAGGGCAAGAAGACCAAGGAGCUGAAUGCAGACACCAGAGCGUCCACCCUGUCCAGUGCCGUCUCAUGUCUCGCCUCCACCGACAUGUCCUUUGCCCGCAUGGAUGAAAAGGAGAAGCAGCUGGCCCUGGAGGAGGAACAGGCCAGACUCCAGGCUCUUAAGGAUCAGCGUCUGAAGGAGAUCAGCAUGCAAACCCCGCCCUCCGCCUCCCCCGGCAGCCAAUCAAUAGGCAGCGGCCACAACAACAACCACAUCGCGCAGACGCCGGAGUUGUUCGGCUCCUCGCUGUCAGGCAACAGUAUGCCCAACCUGAACAGCGACCUGUUUGAUCUUCAGCCGGCCUUCAUCCCCGCGGUGCAGUGCGCUCCUUCCAUUUCCUCCGCCAACUGUGCCUGGGGAGGACUGGAGAGCCAGCCUCUGCAACCCAACGCCCCCGCCAUGACUGUAGAUUUCGAUGCUGUGUUCGGGAAUAAGGCCGCUCCUGGUAACGACGGAACGCAGCCAGCCGCCGGUUUUGACAACCUGGGAGAUCUGCUGAAGCCGACAGUUCCCAUACAUGCGGCGCAUGCCCUCCCGCCUCAAAUGGUCUUCCAGUCCGGAGGAAAGCUGCUCGCCAAUGACCUGGACUCCUCGCUGGCCAACCUUGUAGGCAAUCUGCAGUUUGGUGGAACCCCAUCCAAAAAGCCGGAGAUGCAGUGGAACCAGCCGGGGGAGAAGAAGCUAACCGGGGGGCAGAACUGGCAGAACAAGACCAUGUCCACCACCCAGUGGAGCCCGGCGCCCAUGGUCCCACCACCCAUGCCUGUGCCACACGUGAAUGGAAUGUUCUAUACUAGUUAUGCUCCAGCUCCCGUGGCUUUCCCCAUGACGACGCCACAAGUGCCUGUGUAUGGAAUGGUCCACCCCCAGAUGGGUCAGGUGGGUGGGGUGCCAGUCAUGGCUCCUCAGCCAAUGAUGUACAACCAGCCUGUCCUUAGACCCACUAACCCCUUUGCAGCCAUACCUGGAGCCCAGAUGCAGUUUAUGUAAUCCAGUCAAGCGCCGCGGGUGAGUCGAGUGCCAAAAGCAACAAAUUAACGCAAAGAAGACAAACACGCAAGAGGAGCGAUUAUUUGAUCAAGCCAAAAGGACGACGACUGCGAGCCGACCGAUGCCCCCCAAAAACAAGUUGACGAGGCUGGAGGGAUCGUCGUUGUCUGAAGCAACUUGCGAAGUGUGUGAGCGUGCGAGUGUCCGAUUUGUGUGCGGGUGCGUGGGGAGCUGCAUCGCUGAAUGUUUGAAGCUGAGAGAAAUGGAGUGCCAGAUUGAAGACGAUGCGUGUGAUCGAUGUGAGGGUCUCUGCUGCCACAUUAGCUUUAUUUCAUACUGGUGCUAUUUUGUUGCCUCUUGGCUACGUCCCUGCCUGCAACCGCGUGCGUGCGUGCGCGUGUGUGUCUGUGUGUAUAAAGUGUGUGUGGCUGCUUCAGACAAGCGUCGUCCUCUGAAGCCGUUCCCUCGUCACGCGUCGGAGGCAAGUCCUCCUUUUGUUUUCUCACGCUCUCGUGAUUGUGUUUUUU